GAACUCUGCAAAACAAGAGGCUGAGGAUUGCGUUAGCGAUAAACCAGUUUACGCCGGAGCCCUUGGAAAGGAGCGUCUCGGUCGGGUUCAGCCAGUUCGCGGAGCUCUGAGGAAAAGCUCCUUGGCUCGUACCAGCCCGGCGCCGACCCUCGCGAUGGGCAAAGGAGACCCCAACAAGCCGCGGGGCAAAAUGUCCUCGUAUGCCUUCUUCGUGCAGACCUGCCGAGAAGAGCACAAGAAGAAACACCCAGACUCUUCGGUCAAUUUCGCCGAGUUCUCCAAGAAGUGCUCGGAGAGAUGGAAGACCAUGUCUGCAAAGGAAAAGUCGAAGUUUGAAGAUAUGGCAAAAAGUGACAAAGCUCGCUAUGACAGGGAGAUGAAAAAUUACGUUCCUCCCAAAGGUGAUAAGAAAGGAAAGAAAAAAGAUCCCAAUGCCCCUAAAAGGCCACCAUCUGCCUUCUUCCUGUUUUGCUCUGAACAUCGCCCAAAGAUCAAAAGUGAACACCCAGGCCUGUCCAUUGGGGAUACUGCAAAAAAAUUGGGUGAAAUGUGGUCUGAACAAUCAGCCAAAGAUAAACAACCGUAUGAACAGAAAGCAGCCAAGCUAAAGGAGAAAUAUGAAAAGGAUAUUGCCGCAUACCGUGCCAAGGGCAAAAGUGAAGCAGGAAAGAAGGGUCCUGGCAGGCCAACAGGCUCAAAGAAGAAGAACGAACCAGAAGAUGAGGAGGAAGAGGAGGAGGAGGAAGAAGAUGAGGAUGAUGAGGAAGAGGAUGAAGAUGAAGAAUAAGUGGCUAUUCUGUAAUGUGUGUGGAAUAUGCGUGUGUGCUCAGGCGAUUGUUUAGCUAAGAAUGUGAAUUCAAGUGCAGCUCAAUAUUAGCUUCAGUAUAAAAACUGUACAGAUUUUUGUAUAGCUGAUAAGAUUCUUCGUAGAGAAAAUACUUUUUUUAAAAAUGCAGGUUGUAGCUUUUUGAGGGGCUACUACAUACAGUUAGAUUUUAAAGCUUUUGAUGUUGAAUGUUUCUAAAUAUUUAAUGGUUUCUUUAAUUUCUUGACUUGUGUAUGGUAGCACAGCAGAUUCCUAGGAAUAUAGUAUCAGUAGUAAAUUUUAGGGUUUUCAGGAUGUUGCAUUUUGUUUUUUAAAAAAAAUUUUUGUAAUAAAAUUAUGUAUAUUAUUUCUAUUGUCUUUGUCUUAAUAUGUUAAAUUAACUUUGACUUUAAAAAACUCUUACGGUCUGGAACCAUAUGUUAACCUUUUUGUAUUUUUGUCCAAUAGUUCUUAGACACAGUUGAUUUUGUGUAACAUGUUUUAACAGUUAAUAGAAAGUAAAACAUGCUCAUAAUUCGUAUUUACAAAGUGUUCUUAAAAAUCAUCUUGAAUUUAAUGAGCUUUAAAUAUUAAUUUAUGCAGUGUUAUAGAAUAAGUUUUUUUAAUUAACGUUUCUGUUCUCUUAAUAGCUAACUCCUCAGGGUUUUUUUUAACUUGCACUUUAUCUCAGAAAAUUUCUCUAAUUCGAGGUCCAUACCUAAGAGUACACAUACUUUAAAAAAAAAAAACAGUGUUAUAUAUUUUUUAAUAACUUGAACCCAGUUCAAGGUAGGAUGCCAGGGUGAAUUUUGAGAUGUCUUUAAAAUCAGUUUGACCUUAAGCCUUAGAAUUCUGGGAAACUAUAGGCUAAGAAAACAUUGGAGAUACUUAUUGUGAUACCUCAUGAUUAAUUUGACUAAACUAGAAUUUUUAGUUUGCGGGGAAGACAGUUAUUUUAGAAAUGCUCAUUUGAGGAAGGUGGUUGCUUUUUGAAUUUAGAGAACUAUUUUCAAGAAUUUUCUGGUUAUUAAGUGAAAGUUGACCGUCUAUUUGGUAAGUGCUUACAGAAAUGUAUUGUUGACAAUUUUACAAUUAAAUUUGAUAGUCUUGGUUACCCACUAAGUUUUCAUACAGAAAUCAGGGUUCUUGUUACCCAGCUAUGGGAAACUUGGUUUCUCUUAUGCCAUAUUUAUUAUAAUAUUUGAUAAGCCUUAUUUUAAUAGAAAAUACCAAACUGUCCUUGUAUGGAAGUGAAGUAUUAACGUAGUUCCCAGAGCAAAGGUACUCUUAAGUAAAACCUUUAUGAUUGCCCUCUGAUCAUCCCAGUGGCUUCAAAUUCAGGGUUUUUACUGAUUAUAAAAUGAAAACUACUCGUCAGUAUUUUCUGGUGUUAGGUGAAGAAAUUGGGGGUAAUGUGUUUUAAUGUACAAAAUUUACAAGGAUAUUGAAAUGAAAAGUGGUUGCUCUCCAACUCGUGACCUGGUGUUAGAGUAGAGCUGCUCCAUAAGGUUUUCUUGGCUGUAAUUUCUAUGGCAACAGACCACCAGGCCUUCUGCAGCAUAGCUGGGUGGGUUUGAACCACAAACCUUUAGGUUAGUAGUUGAGUACAAACUGCCAUCUUGUUUCUCAGCCAUCUUGUUCUACUAGGUGGCAGCUCCAAUGAUGCAAUAAUUUAUUCUUCAAAAGAGACAAUCAUAAGCAAUCAUACAUGUGUAUAUACCUGUAUUUAUUAACACAUUUGCAUAGUAUUACACAAGUAGAAACACCUUUUUAUCAUUUGAGAUUUGUCUGUUUGAGUACAACAGGUGCCAUGGUCUUUUGAACAGCUAGCUGCAUAGUAUUGAACAGAUUAUAAUUUAACCAGUUCCUUCAAGAUAUUUAUGUUUGUAUUUUUUGCUUUAAGAAUGCUGCCGUGAACAUCCUUGUAUGUGAUUUCACAUACGUGAGUAUAAGAUAUCUUCUUUUAAGUAGAGUGGCUUGGCCAAAGGGCGUGCAUGUUUUAAAAUUUGUUAAUUAUGAUAACACCUGAUACUGUAUACCAGAAACUGCUCUCUUAGGCUUUAUAUGUUAACCUGAGUCUGCCAAAAUUGCUUUCAGUGGAAGUUGUACUAACGUGUACGCCACAGCAGUGAAUGUUACAGAGUGCAGAUUUCCUCAACUCACCAACACUGGUUCUCACUCAAGCAUUUUAGUCUUUGCUAUUCUGGUAGUAAAUAAUUGUUUUUCCUAUUAAGGAUUUAGUAUAUUAUAUGUUUAAGAGCUAUUUGUAUUUCCUUUCCUGUGGCCUUUUGUCCCAUUGGUCUUUUUAGUAAUACUUUGUUGGGAGCAUUAUGCAUUAAGGAUAAUGCUUGGUGCUGUGUACACUUUUCUUUGUCAUUUGUCUUUGUUUACAUUGCUUUUUUUCAUGUAGAGGUUUCUAUUAUGUCAAAUUUAUCAAUUUUUCAUGGCUUUGGGAAGUCUUUUCCACUCAAAGUAUUUAAAAAUAAUUGUUCUUGGUUUUCUUACUGCCUCCCCCCCUUUUUAAAAUUAUUUGAUCCUCCUGGAAUUUAUUUUGUGCAAGGAGUGAGAAAGAGGCUCAAAUUUAUUUCCAGAUGUCAACCACUGUUUUUUGUCUUUUAAUCCAUAAAAGUAGGGUGCUGGAUUAGGAGAUCCUAAAGUCCCUUACGUUUCAAAGCACUUAGUUGCUCAAUAGAUGAUAGUAUGCCUUCUUGUAAGUGUUUUGCCUUUUAACAUGUCAUUUACUGUAAUAGAUCAUAGCAUGUUUUGGAAUAGUACAAAUGUGGCAUUAUCUUAAACCUUUCUAUUAACUACAUAUGAUUUUAUUUCUUAGGCGGAGCAAGAAGAAAAAGGAGCUUAAUUCUAGUGCAUAAGAUUUAAUCUCUAAUUACACUUAUCUUUUUAUAAAUAAGCCAUUUUUCGACUACUUGAGAUUCCCAUUGCAGACACAUUUUUAGAGAAAAGUAGGAUAUUAACAGUAGGAAGAGCAAAGACCAGUAAAAGCUAGAUGUAAGAGGGCCGGGUGUGGUGAAGUGAGGCACAUACAGGAAAGCUCUGUGAGGGCUGUGUGUGCUGGAGUCUCUGGGUGGCACAAAGGGUUAAUGUCCUUGGCUGCUAGUUGAAAAGUUAGAGGUUGGAGUCCACCCAGAGGCACCUCUGAAGAAAGAUCUGGUUAUCUGAAAAACCAACUAUUGGAAGCCCUGUAGAGCACAGUUCUAUUCAGACACAUGGGAUUGCUGUGAGUCAGAAUUGACAGCAACUGGUUAGUAUCCCUAGUGCUAGAAACAGGUGUUCCAUAAAUAUUUGCUGAGUUUUAUAUUUGAUGAAUCAAUGCCCAAGAUAAAGGGGACAGCUACUAUUUAUUUAGCUUAUCUGUGCUGCUGGAUGAAAAUGUGGGUCUAGGAUUUACAAAUUUUUUUUAGAAAGUGGUAUCUGGUUUCAAAAUACUGGCAAGGAAUUCAAAUUUGGGGGUCAAAGAAAACAUCUAGAUGCAAGUCUGCGUAGUUUACCACCUACAGUGUAGGUAGGUAGAAUUAUUAAUGUUUACUUAAGGCUGUUGGUAACUUUAAAUUCUAGUCUGGCUGGUGAUGGCCUUAGAGAACCAGACAACCUUUAAGCUGUAAGACGUAUGGACAUAACAAUGUUAGUUAAUAUGCCUAUGCAAUAUGUCUUCAUAAUGUUGAGUUCUCAGGCCUAUGCUCAUUGUUUUCAGAUUUUGAGCACACAAUACACUUUCCCUGCUGAGUCCAGGUGAUAAAAACAGGACUAUAUAUAUUUUUAAAGUUUAUCCCUCCAGCUAAGCAUUGUUUCUAUAGUUGUCUAAAUAACCAUUCUUGCCCUACAGUGCAGACAUUUAGUGGUCCUCAUCUUAGGCUUUACUACUCCAAUAGAAUAGUGACUCAGCACCAUUAGACUCACAUUAAAAGCAAAGAACGGCCCUCUAAAGCAACACGUAGCAUCAAAUUUUAGACCUGGAAAUGGUCAUGUGGUGCAACACUCCUACAGCAAGAUGUAGCCAUCAAUUUGGACUGUCCCAGGGUGAGUAAGGGGCAGUGAGACACUAAUUCAUUCACGUUUACGUGUUGUUCUUUGACUCUAAAUUUUCCCAAUAAAACGAGAUGGCUUAUAUAAAGAACAAACUAAAAUACAAAGGGAAAAGCAAGGUAAUGAAAAAUUAAAAUUAGAGUUUGAAUAGGGCUCUUUUUUUUGGUAACAAGUCAUUUAACCUCUCAGCCUCAGUUUCCUCAUCUGUAAAGAAUAAGUGUUUAUCUUGUAAUUUGUGUGGAGUGUGCAUGUGUGCUCAGAAUCUUUUUUGAGGGUUAAAUGAGAACAUACUUAAGGCACUGUCCUGUGGCAAUAAAUAGUGCUACCUAAAAGUAUACUUACCAAUAGCCAUGAGUUAAUACAAUUGCUAUGAUAAUGUAUCAGAUUCACUUGAGAUUCUCCACAGUAAGGUAGAGAAGAAAAUUAAAGAAGUUACAUGGGAAACAUUCUUUAGGAGAGGUUUUCAUAGCACCACAUAGAAAUUCCUACCACAAGGACUUGGGAAUAUUGAGUUUUGGAGUUGAUUGUGUCCUUGAUCCCAGUACUAAAUUUAUUAAACUUCUCUAUCACAUACAAAUGGGUGAUUUAAUAUAUAUGUCAUUGUAGUUUUUCAGAUUUAUAUAAAAGGUUUGCUGAAGUCUUUCAGAAAUUAUUUUCUUCACUCUAUAUUACUAAGACUUGUUUAUAGCUAGUGCAUUUGUGUUCACUGCUGUGUAAUAUUCCGCAAUUUAUCCAUUCUCUUACUGGUGGGCAUUUAGGCUAAUUCCAUGGUUUUUGCUAUUAUAGUGGUGCUAUAAAAAUUCCUGUAUGAGUCUCCUGGUGUUCAAGUGCACUUCCGUCCAGCGGCAAUCUGUCCUGUAAAUUUCAGUGGCCUUAGCAGCCCCAAAUCUCGCUCUUUGCCUUUGCUCAGUGAGAUCACCACUCUGAUCUCCGCUUCCUUGCAUCAUGGUUAGGAACGGUCCCCACACAGAUGGUGAACCUGGGGUUCACCUUGUGUGUUUCCCUUCUGUCAAGCAAGUAUCAGUGCUUUGCCUGUGACUCAAUCUUUGAAAACAACUGUCUGUGUAUUUGUCGAGUUUUAUAGGUGUUUAGGACAGCAGAAAUGGCCUGGCUUUUUAGCCAGAAGAAGUCUAUUCCCCUCUUAUUUUCUACUAAAAGUUUUAGUUUUGGCAUUUAAUUCUUAAUACAGCUGGAGUUUGUUGUGAAUGGCAUGAGGUAGAGAAACAAUCCACCCCCCUCCUUUAUUUAACUUCUGAGCUUCAUUCCUUCACUUGUAAAGUGGGGGUAAUUAUACCCGAUUUGUGAGUGCAUGUGCGUGCGCCUAUACACACAAGCAGUUUAAGAAUGUAAUUUUCAAUGGCGUAUUUUAACCCUUGGAGAGCACUAAAUGCAUCUUAAAGAAUGUCAAAGAUAGCAUACCCCUUUAAUUAUCUUUAAGUGAAAUUCUUAAACUUACUGGCAUCUGAUAUGAGCAAAAUAUCAAAUCUAUCAAUUUUACUUUAUAAUAUAGUCUGCACUGUAGCUGUUUUAUUCUGAUUAAAGACAGAUUUUAAGACUUUGAAACCAGGUAAUGAUAAUAGCUAUGUGCCAGGAACUAUUCUAAGCACUUUAGUGUAUUAACUCGUUUAAGCCUAGAAACAACCCUAUUAUAUAACCAAAACCAAACCAACUGUCAUCCAGUUGAUUCUGACUCAGUGACCCUAUAUGAUAGUAGAACUGCCCCAUAGGCAAUUUUCCAGGAUUUCCAAGGCUGUAAAUCUUUUAUAGAAGUAGACUGUCACAUCUUUCUCUGGCUGGGCAGCUGGUGGUUCGAAUUGCUGACCUUUUGGUUAGCAGUUAAGUGCUUUAACCACUGUGCCACCAGGGCCCCUUACUCUAUAAAAAAAAAACCCAAAACCAAACCCACUGCUGUCGAGUUGAUUUGGACUCAGGCACCACUACAGGACAGAGUAGAACUGCCCAUAGGGUUUCCAAGGAAUGCCUGGUGGAUUCAAACUGCCAACCUUUUGGUUAGCAGCUGUAGCUCUUAACCACUAUGCCACCAGGGUAUUUUCCCCAUUUUAAAAAUGAGCCAUAGAGAUGAAAUAACUGGAGUCACAUAGGUAAUUUAUAGAACAGGAAUUGAAUCUAGGCAGUCCGCCAUGCCACCAUUCAGGUGAGCAGACUGUGACAUCACUCUGUGAAAAUGAAGAGGUCCUACAUCCCAGCUCUGCUCCAGUGGAGGGCCCCAGGCCUGCUUCACUCAGAAAACUGAAAUCCACCAAGCUCAAUUAUGGACAUUUCUAAAUCUUAAAAAUUAGAAUUUCAAAGCAGUUAUUGAAUCUAAUUCAGAGACAGCCCUUCCUUCCAUCUCCAUUUCCAGGGAUAGUGAUUACCAAGAACAAUUCUCUGACCUGUCCAUUUUCUUGCAACAGAUUGAGUCUAAUGAACAAUACACGUUUUUAUAGUGUCCAAUACCUUUUAAGUUGGUUCCACAUGAUUAAAUUUUCACACACGCAGGCUUUUGGCCUAAUAUCUGGCUCUGGCUGGGUAACUGGCAUGUGUUUGACUGAAUUAUAUGUGGAUUUUUUUUUUUUUCCAAUGAUACUUUGUCCAGCAUUGACACAUGAUUCCAAGAUUCUUGUGAGAGACUGUAUCCUUAAGGAAUAAGUGAGUCCCCAUUUAUUCAUCCGGUGCUGUCAGGUUUUCAAGUUUCUUAGCCUGUCUCCACAGCAGCUGAAAAUUGGACAAGACAUCACAAUAGAUAAGCCAGUUGAGAGAAAAAGUGGUUUCCUAAAUCAACACAGCUGCUUAAAUCUAUUAGCAGCCAGAGCUUCUCUUGAAAAGUGGUGUGUGUACCAGAAGGUCCUACGGUCUAUUUCUAACUUCACAUUGGUAGACUGCCCUUCAUUUCUUUCUAUGCAUGUGAACGGUCAGGUUGUAAAGAAUUUUGACUUAACAAAAUUCUUGCUUGUAAUAGGUGAUAAUACAGUAGAAGAGACAACAAAGAUUGUUGUUAGAAUUCUUUUUUAUAAUUGGAUAUUUGUUUUUUUUUAAAAAGCUAUACAUAAACAACCAGUGGCAAAAAUAAACCUAUAAGUUUCCUUUCUUAUAGAUAAGUGAGCUUUGAGCACAUGUAGCAGAAUCAGCCACAUACACAACUCAUAACUAUGAUUUAUAAUAUUUUACCUAUUAGUAUAUCUUGUAAACAAUAUCAAGUAAAUCUCUUCAAAUGUGCAGUGUUUAGAUUUAGAAAUGAUUACAAGUAUUGAAAAAAAAAACCAUUGAUUAAAAUACAGUAUUUUAUUUUUCUCACCUAAAAAACAACCAACCCAGAAUUAGGAUAUACAUAAGCUUCUCAAAUUUAUCCCUAACAAAAUUUCGAAUAUUUAUACAAUUUCUACAGAAACAUACAGAGUAUCAAAAUCUGCAUAAAUCAAAUUUAUAAAAUGUGUAGAAAUGCAUAGCGAUAUUAUCAAUUUACAAAGCAAGGAUAUGGGAAUUAUUUCCAGAGCAGCCUAGCCUACAGUAGAAAAUAGUCAUUAUGGCAGCAGCUUCUAGUGUUUUUUGUGUUUGGUAAAAUUUUCUGAUUUCAAUAUUAGAGUAUCUUCUUUUAAUGAACUGCACAAAAUACCCAUUUAAAAUUUACAUGCACAGUGUAUGUGCCACCUUUCUUAGGCCUAUGCAUAGUUAACAAGGUUAUAAUCUAUUCAACUUGGAAAAUGGAGUCUAUUUGCAAACACGCAAGUAAUCAAAGUACCAAUUAUCUUAGUUUUUUUUAAUAGUUGAUUUAUUUUGCAAUUAUAUAAGCAUAUAAAUGUAUUCCUUUUUAAACAUCCCUAGAGAUGAAUGAAAGUUAAAAUGGCUGAUCACAGAUUAGUAGCAAAAUACAAAUUGACAAUUCAAAAUUAUAAAUAAAGCUCUUGUUUAGGAUGUUUAAUGCUAACUUGACUCUCCAAAUUUAGAAGAAAGCAAUUCGUAGGCUUUUCUUUUGAACAAAUGUAGAGCUUUUUCUUUUCUCUUUUUUAAGCUUUAAUUAAAAAUAUCUUCCUCUGGCAAUAGUUUGUGAAUUCCUUUCAUUGUAUUAUCAUGAUUACAAGAUCAAAAAUGCUUACUUUAUUUACCAUUCCCCACCUCACAUUUUUUUAAGCAGUCAUACGUUAGGCAUUUUUAAUCUUUGGGAUAAUAAAAGAAUACUUAUAUAGAAAUUAUAGUCUCAUUGACUGUUUUGCAGUAUUUGGUUCUCAUCGAGUAGGUACUAUCUUGACAUAUGUUUAACUCCAAAUAAAUCUUUUCACUGAAAAUCCUAAUAAAAAUACACUUCCUAAAAAGAACAAAUUAAACCUUAGGGAAUUAACACCCAAUCUAACAGAAAGUGGUUCCUAUUUGUUAAUGAACUGUAUUCUUAAAUAGCCUUCUCUUUUUUUUAAUUUGAAAAACAUGCAGGGAAUUUCAUUUGGAUGAUGUAUAAAUGAAACAUCAAUUCACUCUUGGCUUCAUAUAGAUUGCUUAGGUUAACACACCGGGAGUUUUGUAAGACUUGAUCUAACAAGGACUUGGAAAGUCUUACCUAGUUCAGAAUGAAUUUUUGACACGCUUACAAUGGUGUUGUCUCGUUUUUGUUACCCCCCCUUUCGAUUUCAAAACUGCUUAUUAUUUAUAGUUUUCUAAAAUGACAGAGACUGGGGAAAGGUAAACCCCAAAUGUCAGUGGAUAAUUUUUCUCUAUGUUGGAAGACCCCUUUGCUAUCUCAGAGGCUGGUAACAACAAGAGGCAUCGGUAAUGCCAAGAGGUGGAGUUAAUGCCACACAAUCUUUGAACCCUGUGAAUUGCCUGGGGAUGUUCCAUGUUGUCAUUUCUUUUUCAAGCCUUACAACAUUCAACUUCAUAGCAAAUGGUAGCAUAUAAAUUCAUUUCUGAGUAGUAGAAGUAUUCCUUGUACAGGAGACAAGUCGAUUGUAACCAUCCUAUAAAUUUCAUCAAAAGCUCUUGAAAUAUAUACUGAGAAAUCAAAGAGGCACUAAAUGUGUUGAAAUUCACCUUUCAAAAAAGCAGCAUGACUGUGAAGGAAGGCCACCUUGGCUAAUAACCUGUGGCAGUGCUUCAAAAAGAUGUAAAAUUAAAGACAACACGCUGAUAAUCACCAAGUUAUACAUGAAAUUCUGGUUACUCCAACCUUUUUUCAAGUGUGUUAAAAAAAAAAAAAAAUCAAACUGCCUUUCAGACCCC